CGUGCAUGGAAGGGGCGGGGCUAAAGACAUGAAGCUGGUGCUCUCAUCAUGGCGGGAUGCAUGAAAGAAGGAAAGCGAGUGAGCGCUACAGGAGGUUCUUUCAUAGUUUUAACGCUGCUGCUGUUGCGUUUCCCACAAAUGUCGUCGCAAGCUACAGGUAGCAAGGCUCCAAUCAUGGAUCUCAGAGACGGAGAGGAGUACACCCUGUCGGGAUCCAGCCUGUUCUGCUACGCAAACGCCGUCGUACCGAACUGGAGGCAAACCUGGACAAGAAUUCAGGUCAGAAUUUGGAGUUCCAAGUUGUUCAAGGCGGAGACGGUCCAAGGCGAAGAGGAGCUGCUCCAGCUGGAUCGCUUCACCGUGUGGGGCUGGUUGCAGAAUGUGUUGCGCGAAGGCCACAACGAAACCACCAUCAACAUCCACCUCUUCAGCAAGAAGACGUGUUUCAAGGUCGAGCCCAGCGAUCAAACCAAGUACACGGUCAAGUCGUUUCGUAAGUUUGACAUAUAUUUGUUUUUGGUGUUCCUCGUCGGAAUAAUGCUAUUUGUCUUUGCUGACUCCCUCAGCAGUUUUGUCUGUUUUCCAAUAUUUAUUAGGAGUCAAGUUUUCUUCUAUUCAGCUGGCAUGGGCACAGGGAUGAUCGCUUCUCUCAUCAUCCUCUUUUUCAUACUGGCUCGCCUUUUGCCGAGGAAAAGCCCUUUUUAUAUAUUGAUUGUGGGCGGCUGGUCGUUCUCUGUCUACGCCAUCCAGCUUGUCUGCAGGAACCUGAACGUGAUCCUCAGAGAACAUUGGCACGUGGCUUUGGGUUAUAUGAGCGUGGUCGGCUUCAUCAGUUUUGCCGUGUGUUACCGCUACGGCCCGCUGGUGGAUGACAAGAGCAUCAACAUCCUGUCCUGGACGCUGCAGUUGUUCGGCCUGCUCUUCAUCUAUCUGGGAAUCCAAAUCCAGCACGUGUCCUUCGCCAUCAUUGUGGCAGCCGUGCUCGCCAAGAAUCUGGAGUACCCCAUCACGAUGGCCGUCGUCGCAACGAGGAAAAUCCGCCAGUGUGUUCGCUGGAAGCCGGAGAAGCGUCGCCUGCUGACCGAGGAGGAGUAUCGCAAGCAAGGGGAGGAAGAAACGUUGCGCGCUCUGGACGAUUUGCGCAAGUUCUGCAACAGCAGGGAGUGCAGCCCGUGGAAAGCCGUCAGCAGGCUUCAGUCCCCCAAGAGGUUUGCGGAUUUCAUCGAGGGCUCGUCCCACUUGAUGGCUAACGAGGUGUCGGUGCACGCCCAGGAGUACGGCUGGAAAGACUUCUUUGACACCGACGACGAAGAGGAAGAUCCGUCCGGCCUGUGCCAGAACCAGAGCGGCCCGGCGCAGACGCCGUUCGGAAGCUUCGACGGCUCCCUGGGGCUCGAACACUAACGCCGCGACUCGGGAGCCACUGCCGGUUUGUAGAAGUCCGCUAGGAUUGUGAAGCGAACGUUUGUUCGCAACGAAGUUGCCGGAUUGUUUUCUGGCCGAACAGUUUGAAUAUACUGUUGCGGGGGGGGCUUUGCACCAAUUGGCCGUCGGUGAGCUCGCGUUCGAUUCCGGGCGAGCCGCUCGCCGACACAAAAUGAUUUUUUUGGAUACAGUACUGGCCGAAAGCGGAAGGCCACUAUUGCAUUUUUUUUUUCUUUCUCGCAAUGGCUCAAAGUUACAGCGCAGACCCCUAAAAAAAAUUAUAAUUCAUAGAGCUUAGCGUUUGCUUUCGGUCGCUCGGGAGCAGGCUACUUCCUGGG